CACAAUUUCAUUUAUAUGCUUCUUUCUUUCCUCCAAUCUUUUUCCGCAUUUGCAUUCAAUUCAUCACAACCCAUUCACCCUCUCUUUCUCCCUCACUCUCUCACUCUCUCACUCUCUACUUCAUUACAGCUUCAACAACCAUGUCCAUCAUUUAUGCCCUCGUUGCAAGAGGAAAUGUCAUUCUUACCGAAUACACAAACUCAUCAGGAAACUUCACCACAGUCACGGAAGCUAUCCUUGAAAAGAUUCCGCCUAAUAACUCGAAAUUAACUUAUGUCUAUGACAGAUAUCUUUUCCAUUACAUCUGUGAGGAUGGGUUGACAUAUAUGUGCAUGGCGGACGAUUCUUUUGGUAGACGAAUCCCUUUUGCAUUCUUACAGGACAUCAAGGAGAAGUUUUUGGCUCAGUAUGGACGUGAACAAGCACUUAGUUCUACAACACCAUAUGGAAUGAACGAAUUCUCAAAGAUCAUUGCCAAACAAAUGGAAUACUUUUCAACAAACCCUAAUGCGGACAGAAUCAAACAAGUACAGGGCGAGAUUGAACAAGUCAAGGAUGUUAUGGUUCAAAACAUUGAACGUGUUUUGGAACGAGGUGAACGUAUUGAACUGCUUGUUGACAAGACUGACAAUUUGAAUCAACAAGCUUUUGCCUUCAAGAGACGUAGCACAAUGCUCAAGAGAAACAUGUGGUGGAAGAAUACUAAGCUGAUGGUCAUCCUAACUCUAGCUGUCAUUGUUUUGAUCUACUUGCUCAUCUCUGCCGCGUGUGGAUUCCCUUUCUGGCAUAGCUGUCGAGCUUAAAAAAAAAAAUUAGAUAUAUGCUGAUUGAGGCAAUGAUUUUGAUCUUUUUGAGUGUAAAUACAAAUAUAUACAAUGAUCUGUACAAAUAAUAAAUAAAUAAAGGACAAAAAAGAUGACGCCAAAGCACUAGCC